UUCCCCCCAACCAAGCCUGUGUGACUGUGUGUGAGGUCUGAGGUUUUAUCUUUAAACCUCAAAAUCAAAACCCCCCAUUUUUCUCUUCUCUCUCUUCCCAUACAACACGACAACAACAAUUUUCUAGAGAGAGAAAACCAUAUAUACAUAUAUAUGUAUGUCUGAAUGGCCCUUCUUGUAAAGCCAAAUAGCUCCGUCAAACGAAUGGCGUCUCGUUUUUUCAUUUACUCGUCUUCUUCCGUACACUCUUUCCACACUCAUACCCAAUGUAAUCCAACUCCCUCCUCUCCAUUAUCUCUCGCGCGGCCCUCCUUCAUACUUCUUAGUUGCAGAGCGAGUGAUAGGUUGAAAAAGGUCUCGAGCAAGCAUGUACCAUGGAAUGCUGUUGUUCCCAGAGCAUUUAUGUCCUCAAGCAUCAGCACAGAGGCUGUUCGUGAAAACAAAGUCUCGAAAGAAUAUGGGUCGGAGCAGAUUCAGGUAUUAGAAGGGUUAGAUCCUGUAAGGAAACGGCCCGGCAUGUACAUUGGAAGCACUGGGUCCCGUGGUCUGCAUCAUUUGGUUUAUGAAAUCUUGGAUAACGCCAUUGACGAGGCACAAGCUGGUUUUGCUUCAAAAAUUGAUGUCAUUCUACUCGAAGAUAAUUCAGUGUGCAUCACCGAUAAUGGUCGUGGGAUCCCAACCGACAUGCAUCCGGCAACGAAAAAGUCUGCAUUGGAGACUGUCUUAACGGUUUUGCAUGCAGGUGGCAAGUUCGGCGGUUCAAGUAGUGGUUACACUGUAUCAGGUGGACUGCAUGGUGUCGGUUUAUCAGUCGUCAAUGCACUUUCAGAGUCUCUCGAAGUUACAGUGUGGCGAAACGGAAAGGAGUAUAAGCAGAAAUAUUCCCGUGGGAAGCCUGUGACAAAAUUAGUCUCUCGUGAGCUUCGAGCUGAUUUGAAGGACUACCAAGGGACUCGCAUACAUUUUUGGCCAGACACAGAAGUAUUUACAUCAGAAAUUGAGUUCGACUACAAUACGAUAUCCGGAAGAAUCAGGGAGCUUGCUUUUCUCAAUGCUGAGGUUACAAUUACGCUCGAGAAGGAGAACACAGACCCGGAGAAGAGACUUUAUACCGAGUACAAUUAUGCUGGUGGAUUAACUGAAUACGUGAAGUGGCUUAAUGCCGAUAAGAAUUCUCUUCACGAUGUUGUGGGAUUUAAAAAAGAAGCAGAUGGAGUCUCGAUUGACUUGGCACUUCAAUGGUGUUCAGAUUCAUAUUCAGAUACAUUAUUGGGUUACGCAAACAGCAUUAGGACAGUUGAUGGUGGCACGCACAUUGAUGGUGUGAAAGCCUCGUUAACAAGAACUCUAAACAGCCUAGCGAAGAAGUCUAAAGUUAUUAAGGAGAAGGAUAUUAGUUUAAGUGGCGAGCAUGUAAGAGAGGGACUCACUUGUGUAAUCUCCGUCAAAGUUCCAAACCCGGAAUUUGAAGGACAAACAAAGACGAGAUUGGGGAACCCAGAAGUACGGAAGGUUGUUGAUCAAACGAUUCAAGAAUAUCUUACCGAGUAUCUGGAAUUGCACCCAGAUGUUCUUGAUUCAAUUCUUUCAAAAUCUCUCAAUGCCCUCAAGGCUGCUUUAGCCGCAAAGAGGGCACGGGAAUUGGUGAGACAAAAGAGUGUAUUGAGAUCUUCAGCCCUUCCUGGAAAGCUUGCUGAUUGUUCAGCUACUAAUCCUGAAGUAGCUGAGAUAUUCAUAGUCGAGGGAGAUUCGGCUGGUGGGAGUGCUAAGCAAGGUCGUGAUCGGCGGUUUCAGGCUGUGCUUCCUUUAAGGGGUAAAAUUUUGAACAUUGAGAGAAGGGAUGAAGCUGCUAUGUAUAAAAACGAAGAGAUUCAAAAUCUUAUUCUCGGUUUGGGACUCGGAGUGAAGGGUGAGGAUUUUCAAAAGGAUGCUCUUCGUUAUCACAAAAUUAUAAUAUUAACCGAUGCUGAUGUGGACGGUGCUCACAUAAGGACAUUGCUACUAACCUUCUUCUUUAGAUAUCAGAGAGCUUUGUUCGAUGAAGGUUGUAUCUAUGUCGGUGUUCCACCUUUGUACAAGGUUGAGAGGGGGAAGCAAGCACACUACUGUUACGAUGAAGCAGAACUUAAAAAACUUCAGAGAUCCUUCCCUGCAAACGCAUCGUACACCAUUCAGAGGUUUAAAGGGUUGGGAGAAAUGAUGCCUUUACAGCUUUGGGAAACAACCUUAAAUCCAGAAACUCGACUUCUGAAGCAAUUAAAAGUAGAAGAUGUGGGAGAAACCAAUGUUGUUUUCUCGUCUCUCAUGGGAGCACGAGUUGAUACAAGGAAGGAACUCAUUCAGAAAUCUGCAAAUGCCGUAAAGAUUGAUUUACUCGAUAUAUAAAUCAGUUAUUGGAGUUUUUUGUACGAGAAGCGGAAAAAGAAAAAACGGUUGAUGAUGGAAAAGCUCGUUAGUUCGUAUAUCUUGGGGAAAGUGCCAUAGAUGGAGCCUAUUCUUGCAUGCUCGAUAUAUUUUGCUUAGGUGUUGUCUAUCACUGUCGUAUUUGGUAUGAUAUAUUUAAGUUGUAGGUAGUAGAGGCCAAUGGAUUUUUAAUUUGUCCCGUAGGAUUAUAAACAUAUAUUAGUUAGAUUUUAGAAUGCAGUGGUGUCGAUCGAAAACUGUAAUCUUAACUUUAUCUAGCCAUCUAAUUAUUCGUGUGUUUUUAAUCAUC